AUGAAAAAAAGGAAGAAAGAGGAAGAGGAAGAGAAAAGGAAGCGAGCUGAAAAUCCUGUGAACAUGCGCCGCGGAGAGAUCGUAGAGGAAUUUAAGAAAAAACUUGGAUGUGUCCUAUGGAAAACAAGGGCUAAUGAAUACAAAGAAUAUGUGAAAAAUCUAAGGGCUGGACAGUUUUUCAGUGUAGCUUUUAAAGACGGAUUGCAAGCUGGAAUCAGGGUGAGUGCAGCACCGGAAACAAUAAUUGGAGGAGGCUGGAUUGUUGAAGCUGUCGAACAGUCGGCAUCAUUCUCCCAGAUUAGAGAUGGCGACAUUCUUGUUAAAGUGAAUGACAAGGCAUGUAUAAACUAUCGUUAUCAACGCAUACAGGAUAUGUUGUCUGCAAGGUCACUUGCCAACAUAACUCUAGAGUUCUUCCGUCCAGCUGAAAUUGGUGCCAACACUUCAGUCAAUCAUACGCCUUCGUGGAUGCCACCAGCUAACCCAUCAACAACAAUGGCUCCUUCUAUGACACCAAUCCUGAAACCCAGUCCUCUAACACAAACUCCCACUUUAAGUCCAGCAUAUACGCAGACGGUCCAAAUCAUGAAAUGCUCCCUGGGAAAUAACUAUCUCUAUGGAUCAAACUCAGAAAGACUGAGUCUUUUAGAAAUAACUGGAAAAGAUUCAAGCAUUUCCUUUGAUGAUGUACGCACUGACAUCCCUUUCACUUUGUUAUUUUUUCUAUUAAUUAAGCUCUUUAUUCUAUUCUACGUUAAAAAUCUUCAUGGCCCUGCAAAAAAUUCAGUUGCAACUGUAUUACCAGCAGAGCUGAGACAACUGCCGACUGCUGCUACUAAAAUAUAAUAACGUAUAAUAAGGAGUGCGGUUAUUGACUGAAUGUAAUUAAGAGUUUUGUUCACAAACUACUAGCACAAGUAGCAAAUUCGUCGUGGUUAGAAUAGAAUAUUUUCUUUAUUGAGAGACUUGUACAAAUUUGAGCUAUGUGGGAUUAUAUUUAUGAGAUUAAUAUUAAUCCUAAUCGUUUAAGGUACGGCUCAAAGCUCAGUUAUGGAUUAUAAUAAUCUAUUACUGGAUCUAAUAUUAGGAUUAAUAUUAAUCUGAUUAAUAUUAAUCCUACAUAAGAUUAAUAUUAAUCCUAAUUGAUCAAGGCACGGCUCAAACCUCAGUAAUGGAUUAUAAUAAUCUAUUACUGGAUUAUAAUAAUCUAUUACUGGAUUAUAAUAAUCAUUAGGAUUAAUAUUAAUCCGAUUAAUAUUAAUCCGAGUUGUCCUGUAUUUUGGAUGUGGUUUUUG